AUGCUCGUCAUACCACUACUCAUCGUUCUGUCGGCGUUUCUGGCUGCUGCCAGCCCUGUGCGCCGCGGCAUCGCCCGCCCACGACCCAACACCGUCAUCCUUGACCCCGACUACAUGCAGCGCGCAGCUGGCAAUCCAGACCAGGGCGAGCUUGGCAAUCUGAAGGGACUUGCGGACCGGCUCCUGACCGUCGGACCAUGGAACGACUAUGCUUCGCAGGGCGUCUACUGGUGGGCGACCACGGCGUCGGGAUGCCCGUACGAGCUUCGGGACGGACAACGUAACCCCGAAAUCGACCUGUACACGGACCGUAAGGAUAGCAGCAACAUGGUCAACAGCGUGUACUAUCUCAGCUUGGCGUGGUGGUACACCGACGAUGCGCGCUACCGGCAGAAGGCUGGCGAGGUGCUGCGCACAUGGUUCAUCAAUGGUCCUACUCGCAUGAACCCGAACCUUCAACAUGCACAGCUGAUUCCCUGCAAGUGCACGGGCAGGAAGGAGGGCAUCAUCGACUUUUCACAGGUGUACACGGACGUGCUAGAUGCCGUGGCGCUGUUGAACACCAAGUUUGACGGCGCAUGGACACAGCAGGACGCCAACGCCUUCAGGGACUGGAACCAGCAAUACCUCUCCUGGCUGACCGGCAGCGAAUUUGGCCAGAAGGAGCUCGCGGCCAAAAACAACCACGGCACCUUUGCGCUCAUGCAGGUGAUUGCCCUGCAAAUGUUCCUCGGCCAGAACGCCGCCGCCACGGCGCAGGUCAUCGAGCAGCGCUCCCGCAUCGACCAAACCAUUGCCAUCGACGGCACCACGCCCCUCGAGCUCAAGCGCGCAACCAGCUGGCACUACGCCAACUUUGUCCUCGUCGCGUACCUCCGCACGUGCGCCAUGGCCGCACGGCUCGGUAUCGACCUUUGGGGCUUCCAUGGUGCGCAGGGGCAGAGCAUUGGCCGUGCUGUCGACUACCUCGCUCCGUAUGCGGCCGGGAAGGAGUGGCCUUGGCCCAAGACAAGCGCGCCGCUGAAGCUCUUCGCGGCUCACGACAUCAUGCACUUUGGCGCUGAGCGCGGGCUCGGCGACCCGAAGCGCGCCCUCGAGACCAUCCCUGCCCCGCCCGGAGGAAGCAUCUGGAAGCUCGCGCCCGCCGUGCGACAGCAGGAUAGCACGAAUGUGCUUGGCGUUUUCCACAGUGCGCAGGAGGCUAUCAUCGAUGAUCCCACGCCGGCAGAGGAGGUCGCGUCGCUCGAGGGAGAGGCGCCGCAGGAGGAGAUUGAUGCCCUCAAGGCCGAGCUGCCGAGCGACCAGAUCCAGCUGCUCGAUGAGCUCACGGGAGGUGGUAUCUAG